ACUGUACACUCCCUUUUGAGUCUGUCAUUUCAGGACAUUGAAAACCCUAGCGAAAGUUGUCGAUCUCAAUCAGGAGGAAGAAGAAGAAGAAGAAGCGAUUUGAUCGAAUCAUCAGAUCUCACAAUGGCGAUGGCUGCUUUGAGACGUGAGGGAAGGCGUUUCGCCAUUAAUCCCUGCCCUCUCAACACUCUCCGGUCUUCUCUCGUUCCUUCCGAGGAACCAGUCUCAUCAGGAGUUCGGUAUAUUUCAACACAAGUUGUCAGAAAUCGAAUGAAGAGUGUCAAAAAUAUCCAGAAGAUUACAAAGGCUAUGAAGAUGGUUGCUGCUUCAAAGCUUAGAGCUAUUCAGACUAGAGCUGAAAAUUCACGCGGACUAUGGCAGCCAUUUACUGCACUUCUUGGCGACACUCCCAGUGUUGAUGUGAAGAAGAAUGUUAUCAUAACCAUCUCUUCAGACAAAGGUCUUUGUGGUGGAAUUAAUUCUACAUCCGUCAAGAUUAGCAGGGCUUUUCAUAAGCUAAAUUCUGGUCCUGAAAAGGAAAAUAAAUAUGUUGUCUUGGGGGAAAAGGCAAAGGCUCAGUUGGUGCGAGAUUCAAAGAAGGACAUUGAGCUGAUCAUGACCGAGUUGCAGAAAAAUCCUCUUAACUACACACAGGUUUCUGUCAUUGCAGAUGACAUCUUGAAGAAUGUGGAAUUUGAUGCACUGAGGAUCAUUUAUAAUAAGUUCCAGUCAGUAGUCGCAUUUUUGCCAACGAUGUCUACUGUACUUUCCCCAGAGGUUGUGGAGAGAGAGUCUGAAUCCGGUGGAAAGCUUGGGGAACUCGAUUCUUAUGAAGUUGAAGGCGCCGAGACGAAGUCUGAAGUUCUUCAGAAUCUAUCCGAGUUCCAAUUUUCAUGUGUUUUGUUCAAUGCAUUGCUGGAGAAUGCUACUAGUGAGCAAGGAGCAAGAAUGUCUGCCAUGGAUAGUUCCAGCAGAAAUGCUGGUGAUAUGCUUGAUCGUCUCACUCUCACUUACAACAGAACCCGUCAAGCAUCAAUCACUACAGAACUAAUAGAGAUCAUAUCAGGAGCAUCAGCACUGGAGGGUUAAUUGGACGGCCUCUUGUUUUGUCUGAUGGCGACGAAAUAAAAAGUACAAAAUGUUUAAGCUUCUUUUGCACCUUGUGGUGACAGCUUUUUACUGUUUGUUUUGUUAAUAAUAUCCUGGUUAACUUGAUUUCUGGGGAAUCAUUGGAAGAGCCUUUUUUUUUUUUUAAUGUUUCCUUCUGUUUUUGAUAUCAGGCAUUGACACUGUUGGUCCAUAUUGCCGGCGAAGUUAUUUCGACAAGCUAGACAAACAGAAAUAGUGUUAUUUUUGUUCUGAUGCAAAUUCUGAAUUUCUUUUCUUGUGAUGCAAGUCGGUAUUUGAACUAA